AUGGCAGGGUAUCAUCUCAGACAGUUCAAAUUUACAGUGGACAAAGAUAAACUGACAAAGACUAAGUUAGAGAAGUGCCAAGACUUGAUUGAAGAAGCCAGUCUGCUUGCAGAGUCCGAGUCCUUCAAAGAGCAUACGGGUAUUCGUGAGGUUGCACGCACAUUGAAGAGACACAUUCAUCACUUUACAAGUCGCGUGGAAGAGACGCGGGAGAGGAUUGAGAUUCAGUCCCAGUGUUAUCAUCUCUUGGAUAAGGCUUAUGAAUGGGCAUUGGAAGCCAUGAAAUAUGUUGCCAGCAUGAAAAUGGACACUUGCAACACCAUUGAAGGCCUUGAAACAUUGAGCACCAGUUUAGCAUCAUACCUAAAGAACCACCCCCCUAUAGGGGGAGACACCUUUGAUAAGAUGCAAGACUUAGCCGUUAGGCUCAAAAACGAGAAACUCCAAGAACAGUGCAAAGUGGCACGGUCUCGGUGUUUAGAGACCGGGGAGUUAUUACGGGUACGCCAGCUUACACUAUGUAAAGCCAAGGAUCAGUUAAUUGUAACUCAAAUGAAAAAAGACAGUGAAGGGAGAAAGCCCUUGGUGAUGCCGGAAACACCACAGAUGAGACGGAGAUAUAGUCAUGCAUCAGAUGGAUUAGACAAUAAUAAAGUGUGGUUGCCAAAAUCUUCAAGUACGCCUGUUAGUCAGCAGCAAUCUUUGGCGCAUAUUCGGCGGAGGUCGUAUGCAGGAAUGCCCUCCUCUCAGCUGAUGCAGCCAGGGAGCAGAAACAGUGUUCAAAUGUUCGGGGUUUCCCCUCCCACUUACAGGGACAGCAUUGGAAUGAAUCUCUCUGAAUAUGAGGAGCAACUCUUUAACGAAGGACUCAUCACUGAGGAUAUGUCACACAGGGUGGUGACGUCCAUUCCCAGACCACGCUCACGGGAAAACCUUACCAAAGAUGAUGUGGAUUCCGCAAGCAUCUCUUCCGAAUCCACAACAACAUCAUCCUCAACCACGGUGUCAAUGAACAAAAAAGACAGGAUUUUGAAGCCUCUUAGAAAAAUGAUAAAAACACACAGUAUGCCUCUAUUCACAAACUUAGGUGGUGCUAACUCUUCAAUGUCAACGUCAGCGUCAUCAUCCUCAUUAUCUCCGCAGUGUGUCCAGCAGAUGGCGCCAAUUGUGGAGAGGAGGCAGGCUGAUAGUUUGCUAGAGAAGAGGCAAGGGAAAUCCAUCAGUCUAAUUACAGGGAGUUCUGACAGCUUACCUAGUCUACCAGAAGAAGAGGAACCCCAGGUGACAGAGCCCCGUAAGGAGAGCUGGUCCCCAGUUCCUGUGAACACACAUCUCAUCAGUAAACCCCAUCACAGCUCCAUGUCUGAUCUCAGGCUGACAGAGGCGGAGAUCAAGAGCAGACGAACAUUGAACCUUGUCAUGCGUGAGAUGGUCCAGACGGAGCGGGACUAUGUCCAGUCCCUCAAGUAUGUGAUCCAAAACUACAUUCCGGAGCUGGAGCGGGAUGACGUGCCUCAGGCGCUGAGGGGCAAACGCAACCUCAUCUUCGGCAAUAUUGAGAAGAUCUACCAGUUCCACAGCCAAUAUUUUCUCCAAGAACUGGAGCAGAGUGAAGGGUCUCCAUUCCAAGUGUGCCAAUUCUUUCUACAACAUGAACCUCAGUUUUACCUGUAUGCCUUGUACAACAAGAACAAACCCAAGUCUGAUGCCUUAAUGCAGGACUACGGCAGCAGGUUCUUUCGGGUAAGGAACAACUCUAAAUGA